GACAAAUGAGAACCUACCAUUUCCCCCUCUCCCGUUCAAUUACACAGUUGACAGAAAAGUGAAGGAUUUACCAUGGGUAAUAAACCAUCUCGGCAAGAAUUUGUUCUACACGCACCUACAGAGUUUUCGGAAGGCUUGGUGCGCCAUCUCAAGGAGUCUCCGGAAACAGACACAAGUAGAUGGAUGGACAUGGAAGCUUAUAUCCAAAAACGCGUACAAUCCGAAUUAAAAAAACUUCAGGACCGUCAAAAGAAGGUCAUUGAUGUUCUUGAAGAUGAAGAAUGGAGGCAAAACAACCAACUUGAAAAGCAAAACGAAGGAUCGUUAAACUCAAACCUCCUGAAGAACGAGUUCACUGCUUUUCGUGAAAGAUUGGAGAAAGAAUCUGCUGCUCAUCAAUCCAUAACCAAUGAAACCUGGAAAGAAAUUGAAAACACUCGGUCUGAUUUAUUUGCUUGCAUGUCAGAAAACGCAGAUAAAUCCCUACUUUGUCGCCCAUUUGCAGAAAAAUUUGUUGCGCUUACAAGCGCUUUCAAAGAAUCCCCAUCUGAUUCUUAAAAUUGAUUGACUUCUUUUCUUACUUUUGUUUCUCAGCUUAACUUUUCCACCAGAACUUUCACUCAUUGAUUUACAUGUUCAUGUAACUCUUCUCUUGUAUAUGUGCUGUCUAUCCGCUAUCCGCUUGCAAAACUUCACUUUAAAACCCUUUCCUUUUUGAAUAAUCUUUUUUAUGUAUCCUGCGUUCUUUUCGGAUGAUUCUUCCUUAAAAAGUUUUGGUGCGAGGCAUACAGUUUUAUUGUCUUUUCGCAUACAAGCAGAAGCUAAUUUCUCCGAUUCUCCAAUAGUAUUAUGACAUACACCGCAAGAUUAAUGAAAUUUAUACUGUUAAUUUGCGAUUGCUUCUUUUCUAGUGGGGUAUUAUGAAGGCUGACGAUGUUCAAAUAAGAAUUGUAUUCUAUGUAAAUUUCCCUCUAUUCUCAUAAAAUCUGACAAACUUAUUGUUUAAUUAAAUG